AUGACGGCCGAGGUCUUCUGUAAGAUGCCAGAGGCGGCUGAGCUCUUGGCAGGGCAUGCUGUGGAAGAUGACUGGCCGCUUGCGCAACUUCGAAUGCUGGGGACUCCGCUGGAGACACUGCGUGGAAAAAGCAUGCAGCUUGCAUUUCUGCCCACCGGGGAGCGUCGGGUUGCAGCAAAGCUGGUCAGCUCCGGAGAUCGGCCUGUGGAGCUCCGGGGCGACAUCGCUUGCAGCAAUGGACUCAUGCACAAGAUAGGGAAGAUGCUUGUGCCUGCCCCUGCGAAGGGCUGGACAGUCAGCACCAGUCUGGCAGACGUCCGAAAGAGGCAUUUCGAUUCAGUGCAGGAGAUGUACAAGGGGCGCAUGGAGGUCAAUGGCAAGACCGGCCCCCAGAGAAUUGUUGGAGAAGUCAACAAGGCCGUGGAGAAGCGGAGGACUGCAUCUCACCUGUUUGAUCGUCGGAGAGCAGAAGCUUUUGCUCCGUUCUAUGGUGCCGACUAUGAACCUAGAGUCUACUCAGGCACGAAGGAGUUACCGGAGCACAGGGACAGAUCCCACCUGCGGAUUCGCGAAGAGGCUGUCCCUCAGGACAAAACGAAGCCCUCAAUGCAGCCCACCCUUGAAGAGGUUUGGGAGGAGUGGGAGCCGCUGAAACGAGAAGAAGUGAAGCUGAGCGCAGAGUUAGAGCGGUUCCGCGAGCACCUCAACUCUCAGGAGGCUGUGCUGGCGGAGCAUGCAGCUUUGGUUCGUGAGGUGUUGCCGGGGGCAAAGCUUUCCUGGACUCACGCGCCUCAGCAAGCGAUCAUGACCGUGCAGCUGUUCAGUGAGUCCGACUGUCAGCUGCUGCGUUCUUGCCUAUCUCGCCAGGAUCCGCUUCUGGUCGAAACGGAGGUUCGUGUCGGUGGACGCCUACUUCCGGCCAACAGCCGCCUGUGUGAAAGAGUCCCUCCUGAUGGUGCUGGACUGCCGGCAACCUUUACCAUCAUCAUGCCCGAAGCUAUGCCGGGCGGUGCAGCGUUUCCCCUCUGGAAGGCGCCCGAAGCCGAGCUCCCGUCCAAAGCCCUCGAGACGAGGCCGCAUCUCGAGGCCAGUCUGCUGCUCGAGCAAGUUGCAGAUCAUCUACAGCCUUCGGAGCCUCUGGAGUCCCCCGGCGCUGAGUUGGAGAAGCUCUGUGCAGGCAUCGCCGGGCAGGACGAAUUCGCGAGUCUAGAGGCCGUGCUGUCCUGGCUGGAGAAGCAAGGCGUGCAGUGGGGUCUUCCUCAGCGUUGGCGUGUCGCGCGGUUCUUCGAGGCUGCAGACGCAACUGCUCCGGCACGAGAAGGCAUGUUCGGGCAAGAGAAGCAUCCACAGGAGUCCGAGUGGUCUUUGUUCCAGCUUCGGAUCAAGAAGAAGUCUCUUGCUGCCUUCCUCAACAUGCCGAGGCUGCCGGAGGAGCAUCAUGAGCUCCAAUCGUUUGUGGGCCAUCUGCAGUGUGCUGAGACAGAGGGCGAAGUCAGCGACACCUCGCGGCUGACCUGCGCACAGGCAACUCUUCCCGGCUCGAGCAAGAGGUCAACUCUCUUGCAGCUGAGCUCGAAGUCCUCAGGGGAAGGUUGGAGGUUCUGGAGUACCAAGCCCAGCGGGUCCAGCCCAACAACAACUUGCCUGUCAAAGCACAGAAUUUGA